CUAAUCGACACGAUGGCGAGGAUUGGAAACAAGAAAGUCAAGUCCAAGGCCAAGGCCGGGGCAUCAACAACUGAAGUCAAAGUCCCCACGAAGGGACAAUACAUCCCCUCAAAAUCGCUCUCAUGGAAGCCCGUCAAAACUUCUGCCUUCUCUGGCAUGGACGCCGGUGGAGGUAUGAUGAUGCUGGAGGAGCUUGAAGAUGUUGGAAUCGAAUGGGAAGAGGCGCAGGGUGGGCAAAAGGUUGCCAAAUUUAUUGAGGUAGAAGGGAAGAAGAAGAAGGGCAAGAAGGCCGAAGUGGAAGAGCCUGAAGAGGACGUCGUGUUCGAUGAAGACUUUGAAGAGGAGGCUUCCGGUGAUGGACAAGAGACUGGCGAAGAAGACGCUGCUUCCAAUGCCUCUGAAGAGUUCCCAGACUUUGCUGGGUUUGACGCCGAAGACCUCAACGAAGCCGACGACGAAGAGCACGAAGAACUCGAGUGUGUUCCCGAUUUCAACGGUUCAUCUCCCAUAUAUCGUAUCAACCUCAACUGACGUAAAUUAGAUGACCUUCUCCCCGAAUGGUCCUCUGUACCCCUCCACCCCACUCUCAAACGCGCCUUCCUUGCAACCUCCUUCACCACCCCAACAACUAUCCAAUCCCGCGCCCUUCCCGCCGCGCUCACCGGUCGAGAUGUCAUCGGUGUCGCCGAGACCGGUUCCGGUAAAACCCUCGCCUACUCCCUCCCCAUGCUGGAUUACUUGCUGAGGAGGGCGAAGCCUGUCAAGGGCAAGAAGAGGGCUUUGAAGGGGUUGGUGCUCUGCCCUACGAGGGAGUUGGCUCUGCAGGUGGUGGAGCAUUUGGAAGCUUUGCUGAAGCAUACUGUCGAGGAGGAGGAUGAGGAGGAGGAUGAGGUGGAGAAGAAGAAGGGAGAAGGGAAAGAGCCGCCGAGGAUCAGUAUUGGGAGUGUUGUCGGUGGUCUUAGUGCGCACAAGCAGACUAGGAUCUUGAACCGAGGGUGUGACAUUCUCGUGGCUACUCCUGGUCGUCUGUGGGAUCUCAUGAAAGGUGACGACGAGCUUGCCACUUCUAUCCGGACUCUGCGCUUCUUGGUCAUCGAUGAAGCGGACAGGAUGAUUGAGAAUGGUCAUUUCCAGGAGCUCGAGUCUAUCGUCCGACUCACUCAGCGUUCUGGCGGCGAGGCCGGGCCCGACGACGACGACCCAGUCUUCCAAUCCCUCUCCACCAUCUUCGAAGCCUCCUCCGCGCUGCCCGACAUGCAGACUUUCAUCUUCUCCGCCACCCUCAGCAAAGACUUGCAGAUCAACCUCAAGAAGAGGGGAAGCUGGAAGAAGAAUGGAAAGAAGAAGAGGAGCUCGACUUUGGAAGAUUUGGUGGAGAAGCUCGAUUUCAGAGAUGAGACGCCGGAGAUCAUUGACCUGAGUCCGGAGGGUGGUGUUGUGGCGACUCUGAGGGAGAGUAUGAUUGAGUGUACCAAGGACGACAAGGACCUCUACCUCUACUACUUCCUCCUCCGUUUCCCAGGCCGCUCCCUCAUCUUUGUCAACUCCAUCGACGCCAUCCGCCGUCUUCUCCCCCUCCUCAACCUCCUCCAACUCCCCAUCUUCCCCCUUCACUCCCAGCUCCAACAGAAGCAACGUCUCAAGAACCUCGAACGGUUCAAGUCCAACGCCAACGGUGUGCUGAUCGCCACCGACGUUGCUUCGCGAGGUCUCGAUAUCCCCCAAGUCGACCAUGUCGUCCAUUUCAACCUCCCCAGGACGGCGGACGCCUAUAUCCAUCGUUCCGGUCGUACAGCCCGAGCCAAGACGGAAGGGUUCGCACUCCUCCUCGUCUCCGCCGACGAGAAACCCACUCAGCGCGCUUUGAACCGUUCCCUCAACAGGACGCACGAGCUGCCAGAGCUCCCUGUCGAAGCGGGCUUCCUCCCGCCUCUUCGGGCGCGCUUGAAGCUGGCGAACGAUAUUGAGAAAGCUAUCCACCGCGCGCAAAAGAGGACGCACGAGAAGAACUGGCUAUUGGAUGCGGCGGAGGCGAUGGACCUUGAUAUCGACCCUACGAUGUUGAGCGAUGGGGAGGAUGACCCCGAUGCGCCGUAUCACAAGGCGAAGAAGAUGGACAAGGCGAAGGGAAAGACGAAUCUGGAUGGCAAGGUGGAUGGAUUGAAGAUGGAGUUGAGGGAAUUGUUGAAAGAGAAGCUCGUGGCGAGGGGUGUUUCGACGAGGUACCCGACAAGUGGUAGCAAGGUCAUCGUGGAUGAUCUUAUCAAGUCUACUGGUCAUGGUAUGCUGUUGGGCGCGAGCACGAGUAAAGCGUACGACGAAGUAGAGUCUACAGGGAAGAGAAAGAAGAUUGGCGGUGGGGCGCGACCGCUCAAGAAGAAGGUCAAGACAUAGACAUCUCGCAUCUUUGGUCAGUGUGUAUGUAUGGAGUAUCCAAUUGGAUGCUCUUUGCAGUGUAGUGUCGACAUCCUGUUUCAACUGCAUUCCACCCUGUCAAGAAGCUGUCACUAUAGCGAAUUGACGCGAGAUCUUG